GCUGGGUGCUUUGUGUGGAUUUGUGUGUAUUACGUCGAAUCGAGAAACUGAAUUUAUUUUUACUUUUAUUUACCUUGAUUCAAAGUGUUUUAUUUUUAUAAUCAAACAAAUUUACUGAUAACAAUAUACGAUUUGCAACGAGAGAUAUUACUAACUAUACACAAACGCACAAAAGUAGCAAAAAAAGGUGGAUUAAAGAAGCGAAGUUCAGGGGCAAACGAGUCUCUUUUGGACACAAAGCAAAGGAGAAACGUUUAGGCGUGCCUGUGUUAAGGAUUAUACAAAAUACUAAUCAGUCCAAAAUUUCCAACAGUGUUCACCACAGUUGGCAAAAUAAGGAAAUUAGACAUCAAUAAAGUGUUCACUAGUUGAAAUUUAACACCUGCAGUCGUACCAUGUUGGAUUUAGAAAUCGUGCCAGAGUUGUCGCUUGGUUGUGAUGCUUGGGAAUUUGUCUUAGGCAUGCACUUUUCGCAAGCCAUAGCGAUCAUUCAAUCACAGGUGGGAAUCAUAAAGGGCGUGCAAGUACUUUAUUCAGAUACGAAUCCAUUGGGUGUGGAUAUCAUAAUUAACUUGCCACAAGAUGGUGUUCGCUUGAUUUUUGAUCCAGUUGUUCAACGUUUAAAAACUAUUGAAGUAUUCCACAUGAAGUUGGUAAAACUGAAGUACGGUGGAGUUCAUUUUAAUUCUCCCGAGGUGCUGCCUUCCAUUGAACAAAUUGAGCAUUCCUUUGGGGCUACCCAUCCAGGAGUAUAUGAUGCUGCGAAACAACUAUUUGCUUUGCACUUUCGAGGUUUAAGCUUCUUCUUCCCAGUGGAUAGCAAAUUACAAGAAGGUUACGCACAUGGUUUGGGAUCACUGAUCUUUUUAAGUGGCGCAUCGCCUGUUGUGUCUAAGAUGUCAUUGUAUGCCGGUAGUAAUGUUUCUGACACACGUGCUCCCCCGCUUCCAUUGUCUUGUUACCAUCGUCAAAUCUAUCUAGAUUCUGCAACUGUUUUGCGUUCCGCAAACGGUUAUACCAAGGGCCUAAAACUGAAGCUCUUCACUGAGGGUUCUAGUCGUGCUAUGGAACAACGGCGUCAAUGCUUCACAAGAGAAGUGCUCUUCGGUGACAGCUGCCAGGAUGUAGCUAUGAAGCUUGGUGCACCUAACCGAAUAUUCUUUAAGAGCGAAGAUAAAAUGAAAAUACAUUCAUCGAGAGUAAAUCGUCAGGCACAGAGUAAACGCAGUGAUACAUUUUUUAAUUAUUUCACACUUGGAAUAGAUGUAUUGUUCGAUGCUCGAACACAUACUUGCAAAAAAUUCGUUCUGCACACAAAUUAUCCGGGACAUUUCAAUUUCAAUAUGUACCAUCGUUGUGAAUUCAAGUUCAAUAUGAAUUUUGAAUAUGGAAAUUGCGAUCGAAGCAUAACCGACGACAUUGAAGUUAAUGCAUAUGCGAAGUGGGACGAGAUUAGUGCCGUAGUGCCAUCAGCUCGUCCGGUGGUGCUCCAUCGCGCCAGCUCAACAAACACUGCCAAUCCUUUCGGUGCAACCUUCUGCUACGGUUAUCAGGAUAUUAUAUUCGAGGUUAUGACGAACAACCAUAUCGCCUCUGUCACAUUGUAUAGUACGAUUCCACCGGCGAAGCAAAUCGAGCAGUCUUACCAGCAGCACAAAAUGCAAGACAUACGUUUAACAGUUGCGUGAGAAAACUCAAUUACAAGUGGACCGCAGUCUUGGACUUAUUCGCAGCGAUUCAAAGUUAUACAGAAUCGUAAAUAAUUUUAUUUAAAAGCAUAUUGUAAUAGAAAGAUAUAAGCCAACAGAUAUUAGAUGCUUAUAUUUGUAAAACAAGUGGUCACUCAACUUUAUAUAGCAAAUGUUACUUUAUAAUAUACUACCUAAAUUCUUACACACACACAUAUUAAAGCGGCAUUGGGGCAAGAGGAAAAUACCAACAGGAAAAUAUAUACAUACAUAUGUAUGUAUAUAUGGAAGGCCAAAAUUGAACAUUUUUAAAUAAAGUUUCUUUAUACUUAGUUUAGUACAAUUAAAUCUUAAAAUAUUCUCAUUACAUGAUCGAUUACUUUUUAAAGAAUGGCUUGCUUCCUUUUGUCUUAGUGCUGUCUAAUAAUGCUGAUUACACGACUGUGGUCCGCGAAACAAGCGGCUAUGCAUAUACAAUAAUAUAAAUUUGAUUUCCCGUUCAAUUAUGUAUGAACAGUUUUAUUUUAUACUGAACGCUUAUCGGCUAAAAUCUAUCAAAAGUUUGAAGACAUUGACUAUAUGUUAAUAAAAUAUACUUAGGACGUAAGUAAAUGUUUACAUAACAAUAAUAAAGUUUAAUUAAAUCACCGUUUGGAAAUAUAGUACAUAAGUUUACAUACAAACAUACGUAUAAUAGUGUAUCUUAACUUACGUAAAUGUACACAGCAUUUUGACAUGUGAAAUACUUCGUAUGACUAAAUAUUGCUGCUUGGCUGAUUAGUCACUGAAGAGACCACUUAGGGGUGUUUACGUUUUAUUAAUACUUGUAUUGAGUUUCUAAAGUUUCUACUUUAUUAUAUUAAUUGUACUUGCACAUUUUUAUCCCGUUAGAUAAAAAGAUAUAAAGUAAAAAAAAGUAAAAAAUUUAUUAAAAAAAUAAUAAAAAAUUAUAUCUAUUAAAGUAAGAAAAAAAUUAAUAAAAA